AUGAGUCAUACUACGUACCGUUACCUAUUCUACUCUAUAGGACAUGAUUCAUUGAACUCAUUAUUAUCGAGGGAUAAAGAUUUUCAUGAUUAUGCAGUGGAAUUUGAUUACCCAUUCAAGUCAGUUUCUUCGGUUCAACUUGUGUGUAGUUGUGAUGGCCUGGUUUGCUUAUGGUUCGGAGGGAAGAAAUUAUUUUGUAUUUGGAAUCCAGCCACAAGGGAGUACAAGAAAUUGUCAGAAUCAAAUAGACGCUAUGUUAGUAUCGUUGCACUUGGGUAUGACUGUAAGACUAACGAUUACAAGUUACUCGCUGGUGGUGAAAGUUUGUUCGAAAUCUGUUCCUUGGGAUUAAAUUCAUGGAAAACCGUACAGUACAAGUUUUAUGGUAGGCUUGGUAGCAACCAAUCUGGGGUGCUUGUUAAUGGAGAUUUUCAUUGGUUAGCGAAAAAGCAAGAUUCUUUCACUGUUAUAGUGUCUAUGAACAUCAGCAACGAGAUAUUCAAUGAAAUGGAACUACCACGAGAACUUUGGGAGAAUGACCAUACGUUUAAUCUGGGGGUGUUGGAUGGGUGCCUUUGUUCACCCGUUCGGGGUGUUGACAUGAAUUCUUUAGAUAUAUGUGUAAUGCAGGACUAUGGGGUUCGAGAGUCUUGGACUAAACGUUAUACUGUGGAAACUAUAACAGGACCUUACUGGAGACCUAUUUGGUAUUUCAGAACUGGUGAGAUUGUAUUUGCAGGUAGUGGUGGUUUAUUUUGGUAUAGCCCUGAAUAUGGAAGAGUUAGAAGGCCAAACAUUUCUAAGUCGACAGGCGUGUUGGAAGAAGAGAUUUAUUUUGAAAGCUUAGUUUCACUCAACUCUAGAACUUAUGUUGAGGGGAGAAGAACCAAUAGCCAGAACUCUGACAUCAUUUAA